AUGAAAUUUGGCACUCCAGCGCUCCUGGCCGUUCUGGCCUUCAGCGAUGCUGGGCUCGGGUUCACGGGAGGCUUGACAGCCCGAGCUUCGGACCGCAGCAAGGCCCUCAAAGAACGCCAAAUCACGAUCGGCAAUGGAGGAAUCACCCUUGGUGGUGCAGGUGGCCUGACCGUCGGAGGAGGUGGACAGCAGCCUGCUCAGCAGCCUGCGCAGCCCGGUGCCGCCGAGGGGCAAGCUCCCGCCGCCGCCGCCCCCGGUGCCGAGGGACAGGCCCCUGCUGCUGCUCCUGGUGCUGAGGGACAGGCUCCAGCUGCGCCCGCUGAAGGCCAGAGACAGGGCGGAGGAAACACGCUCGUUCUUCCUGGCGGCCUCACGCUUGGUGGAGGAGGCAACGCAAAUCCAGCUGCGCAACCGGGUCAGGGACAGGGUCAAGGUCAAGGCACUUCACUCGGAGAUUUCAUCGCCGGCGCGCAAGCAGCCGCCAGGAACCAAACUGGUGCUGGCCAGGGCCAAGGUCAAGCAGGAGAGGCCGCUCAGGGAGCCGGCCAAGGAGAGGCCGCAAAGGCUGGUGAGGCUGCCCAAGGAGCCGGCCAAGGAGAAGCCGCGAAGGCCGGAGAGGCCGCCGCCGCCCCAGCUGAAGGUGCUAAGGCUGGUGAAGCCGCCCAGGGUGAAGCAGCUAAGGCCGGUGAAGCCGCCCAGGGAGAAGCUGCUAAGGCUGGAGAGGCCGCCCAGGGUGAAGCUGCUAAGGCCGGUGAAGCCGCCCAGGCUGGCGAAGCCACCAAAGCAGGAGAAGCCGCGAAGGCCGGAGAGGCCGCCGCCACCCCAGCUGAAGCUGCCAAGGCCGGUGAAGCCGCCCAGGGAGAAGCUGCUAAGGCUGGAGAGGCCGCCCAGGGUGAAGCUGCUAAGGCCGGUGAAGCCGCCCAGGCUGGCGAAGCCGCCAAAGCAGGAGAAGCCGCCAAAGCAGGAGAAGCCGCGAAGGCCGGAGAGGCCGCCGCCGCCGCUCCAGCUGCCGGUUGUGCGGCAGCCGCCCCAGCAGCUCAGCCAGCCGAGGGUGCCGCUCAACAACAAGAGGGCGCCGCCAAGCAGCAAGAAGAGGCCGCCAAGCAAGCCGGAGAGGCCGCUCAGCAACAAGAGGGCGCCGCCAAACAGGCAGGUGAGGCCGCCGCCGCCCCGCCAGCAGGUGAGGCCGCCGCCGCUCCUCCAGCAGGCGAGGCCGCCGCUCCUCCUGCCGAGGCAGCCCAGGGCGAGGCGAAGGCCGGCGAGGCGAAGGCCACCAAGGAGAGCGAGCAGUUCAGCGAGAACGCAGGUAUCACGGUCGGCGCCGACGGCCAGACACAGAACCUGGGAGGCAACCUCGGCAUCACCAAGGGAACCGACGGCAGCACAUCUGUCGGCGGUGAAAACGGCAUCAACGUGACGCCCCAGGCGCCGCAACAGGCACAGCCCGCUGCUCCGGCCGCCCCGGCCGCCCCGGCCGCCCCACCGGCGGAGGCCCCUGCCGCAGCCCCUGCCCCUGCCGCUCCUCCAGCUGAGGCCCCAGCUCAGGCUCCUGCUGCUCCCCCGGCCGAGGCUCCGGCUCAGGCCCCGGCCGCCCCGGCUGAGGGUUAA